AUGUCUACUGAAGCACAAUCACCCGAAGAGGUCAGCGGUCAAUCCGCAUUUUGGAUCCUCGCUUCAUUGGCCGCGGCAGCCGUUGUCCUCCCCUCUACCAGCAGUCGCAUGUCAGGUCGGGAUCUUUUCGGCGGCAACAUCGACCUUGUGCGAUGUAUCCCAGGGGUUUCCCUGCUCGAUGGGAUUUGUGACACAAUCUUGCUGUGCAUGAGCACCUACAGAGUCCUCAGGGCACCCAAGCCAGUGCAACGUGCACGUCGAGCGUUGCCAAAAGUCAGCGUCGUUGCCGCCAAGCUGAUGCUGUCAAUCUUUACUGUGUUUCCCCAGAUUAUCAAAGCUAUCAGCUUGGAAGGUGUUCCAGCAACACAGUUCUGCGCCUUUGUCUUCUUUUACGCAACCACUACCAGACUUCUGAUUGACCUGUGUGGCUUGGAGCCUGAGGAACCAUUCACUCCCCCAGACGAAGGAGAUAAUUCUCUGGAUAUCAUUGUACUUCUCGCCUUACCCUUCCAGGCUCCCUUCCAACUUUGGAUCUGGCAUAGAAUCGUUCUCUCAGUCAAGUUCCAGCUAUCAGACACCUUUUACCAAAUCUGUACCUGGUCCUCGCUUGUGUGCAGCCUGCUGCUGAUAAUACAGCUUAUUAUCUGGAUGCUGUAUGUAGCUUCACGUCGAAAAUUCGAUAUCACGGCUUCACCCCAUGUUAUCCCUGUUCGAGCGUUCUGGCUUUUUAUCACGGCUUUGGCUGCAACAAGAAAGCCAGGCAGACAUGAAGACCGCCAGGCAAAGUCACAGGCUAAAAUACCGCCACCUGGAGCUUUGGAUAAAUUGGUUCAAGCUGCGGGUUCGAUGAUCUGUGCGAUUCUUUUAAGUAUAUUGGUGGCCAAGGCUUUAAAUCUCAUGGGUAGAUUGUUUGCCCUGCCAAUUGAGACCACUGAGGCGUCCGAAGCUUUGACGGAAGAAGGGGAACAUCCAACCGAUGAUAGCCAACAAGGCGCGGAUGCGGAAAAAGACGAAGAAAAGCCCCCAGUCGAACCAGAAGGGGGCCGGUUGGGAAGACUAGGUGGUAUCGUUGAUCGUUGGCUUGUGCGAUUUCUCCUCAUGGACACAACAGCCGACGUCAGUAUCACGCUGACAGUCUUUAAUCUGAUAACCACAAUUAUUUACUAUCUCGUAUACUUUGAUGGAACUGGAACGGUCAAUCCAGGAUGGACAAGCGUACUAGGCUAG